GCCGUUUUGGCCAUUUUGUGUUUUCUCAAAAAGAAUCGCUGUUGACCUUCUGCAUUCGCUUUUGAUCCACAGCGAUGGGACAUCAUAAUUUGCAGACCAGUAACCUGUGACAAUGUUUCCUGCAGUGCUGUUGAAAUGUGAUGGCAUGAGAAGUUUUCUCCGUCGUGCUGUCAGACUGAAAUACAGCACCCGAGCAGCAAACAUGAGGCCAGGAUAUCAACAGGCUAACGUGGUGAUCUUGCACAAGGAUCUUGCUGAUGACUUUGAGGCGUUUUGUCGGGCUAACAGCAGCCCGCUCCCUCUGCUGUACAGGAGCAAAUGUGGAGAAUGGAGCUGCUCCCUCGCCACAGGAUCUGACAUCAGGGAGGACUGUCCAGAGUACUGUGUGUUUGAGAAGGGCAAGCUAAUGAAGAAGAUGGCUAGUUUAUCCUCCUACACUCCUCAACUUGCGGACAUGGUCACAUUCUACCUCGGCUGUAGUUUUGGCUUUGAAGCAGCCUUGACGGCCGCUGGUGUUCCAGUGAGAAAUGUGGAACAGGGUAAAAAUGUCAGUAUGUACAAGACAUCAGUACCUUGUAUUAGAGCAGGUCAGUUUGAUUGUCCGAUGGUGGUGAGCAUGAGACCUGUACCAGAAGACAAACUGGAUGCUGCGGCUCAAUGCACACACGCGAUCCCACUGGCACAUGGAGGCCCUGUCCAUAUUGGACACCCUAAGCUGCUGGGCAUCCAUGACUUGUCACGACCAGACUAUGGGGACCCAGUGGAAGUGUGUUCUGGUGAUGUGCCUGUGUUCUGGGCCUGUGGGGUCACCGGUGUUGAGGCUGUACAGAGCUGCAAGCCCGCUCUAGCGUUCACACACUCUCCUGGCUGCAUGUUCAUCACUGAUCAAAAGGCAGAAACUGUUUCACCCCUCACACUUGAGCCAGCACAAUGCCCUUUGACAAUCUGCAUUUCCCAGAAUCCUCAGCUUUACAGUAUGACUAGCAAAAGAGCUGUUCAACAGAUUCGAGCAAUUGAGGAGCUCGUUGUAGAAGACCCAGGUGCAAGAGGUAUUCGGGCCCUGUUCUUGCAGGACGAGCUCCUAAAGGCCUGUCUCUCUCUGUCCCAUUCCUCCUCUGUUCUCAUCACUACUGGCUUCCCCACACACUACAUGCACAGCCCCCCUGAAGAGACUGAUGGGCCGCCCGGGGCCAUCGCCAUGGCAGCUAUGCUUCAGGCACUCCGCAAACAGGUGGUCAUCGUGACGGAUGAGCGGGCUUUGGAGAUGAACCAGCUCAUCAUGCAGGAUGCUGUGAAGAAAGGUGUGAUAAAGACUCCAGUUCCUGUAAUAAGUUUCCAGAGUAAAGGCCCUGACUCACCACUUCACUUCCUAUGCCAUGAUGGCGAUCCCACAAAGCCCAGGUUCGACCACUUGGUGGCAAUAGAGCGCAGCGGCCGGGCUGCAGACGGGAACUACUACAACAUGAGAGGGGUGAACAUCAGGCAUUUGGUCGACUCAAUAGACGAUCUCUUCACCACUGCCAGCACUAUUGCGGGAAUCACUACCACUGGGAUCGGAGAUGGUGGUAAUGAGCUUGGUAUGGGUAAAGUCAAAGCAGCAGUUAAAGCAUACAUGCCUAAUGGGAACCUGAUAGCAUGUGACGUGGCUGCUGAUUUUGCCAUCACAGCAGGAGUGUCCAACUGGGGUGGCUAUGCUGUCGCCUGUGCGCUGUAUGUUCUGAAUCUCUGUCCAGUACACUGGCGGUACCUCCAGAGAGGUUUGGGUUUGUCACCCACACCUGAUCAACGAAGCCUGUGGUCUGCCUGCCUGCCCACCAUAGCCAAGGAGGAAGACAUGCUCCACAUUUUGGUGAAAUAUGGCGUCCGCAGUGGUAAAACGGCAAACCUGGGACUGGAGGUGGACGGAUUGACCUUUCAUCCAUACCAUUCUGACAUCAUACAGCGUCUUAGACAUCUCACUCUAAAUGUCAAUGUGUAAUCUCAGCCACAAGAGUUGAUACAGAUCCGUGGCCAAUGUUUUACUCAAGUCACCUUCAUUUAUAUAGUGCUUUUUACAAUAAAGAUAGUUUUAAAGCAGCUUUAAA